AUGGAUGUCACUUUGACGUUUUGGGACCGGAACCCGCCUUACGCUGCACUGGCAGCGGCAAGGCUGGGUGAUGUCCCGGUGUCAGCGGCACCCGACCCCAAGGCAACGAAGGAGACCAUUCCAACGCUGGCUGUUUCGGGGGAGACGCUCACAGGCUCUAUGAUCUUGAAAUACCUUGCCCGCUCAAGCCGGAAGCGGGAUGAGCUCUACGGCUCCGAUGCGCUGUCAUCUUGCCAGAUUGAUCAAUGGCUGGAGACUGCAGCCGGCAUUGUUUCUGGAGCGGCGCUGGAAUCCCAGUGCGUAGCCUUAAACGACUACUUAACCCUCCGUACCUUCUUGGUCGGCUAUGGGCUCACUUUGGCAGACUUGGCGGUCUGGGGCCAGCUGCACGGCUCCCCGCUGUGGAAGAAAAUCCGGACUAGUGGAAAGGUUCCCCAUCUGGCACGCUGGUUUACGUUUUGCUCGGAGGUACCCCAGGUCAAGACCGCUGUGGAAGAGCUCGAGGCUCUUGGCAAGAAGGGCGGCGCGCCUGGGGCUACUGCCGGCAGUGGUAAGGCCGCUGGCGGAGCCGCUGGCAUUGAUGGAAAGAAAGCGACAGGCAAUAGCGCUGUGGCUGACGGCCCAGUUGCUAGCGGCGGCGGUGAUAGCGGCGGCUCGUUUGAUAUCGGGUUGCCAGGUGCAGAAGAGGGCAAGGUGGUGACUCGAUUUCCGCCUGAGCCUUCUGGGUAUCUUCACAUUGGCCAUGCCAAGGCAGCGCUUCUCAACCAGUAUUUCGCUGAUCUUUACAAGGGCAAGCUGCUGGUACGCUUCGACGACACCAACCCGUCAAAGGAGAAGGACGAAUUCGUCGAGAACAUUCUGAAGGACAUUGCCGAUUUGGGUCUCCGCUAUGAUCGACUGACCUACACCUCGGAUUACUUCCCCCAACUGCUCGAGCUUGGCGAGAAGAUGAUUCGGGCGGGUAUGAUGUACGCAGACGACACGCCCGUGGAACAGAUGCGCGAGCAGCGCCUCAAGAGCAUUGAGAGCGUUUGCCGCAACCGCAGCGUUGAGGAGAACCUGCGCAUCUGGGAGGAGAUGAAGGCGGGCAGCGAGGUCGGGCUGGCAAACGCUAUGCGUUUCAAGAUCGACAUGAAGAGUCUUAACGGGACGAUGCGCGACCCUGUAGCGUUCCGCUGCAACCUGACGCAUCACUGGCGGACAGGAUACAAGUACAAGGUGUAUCCGACGUACGACUGCGCCUGUCCCUUUGUGGACGCCGUCGAGGGUGUGACCCACGCUCUGCGUACCUCGGAGUACCGUGAUAGGGAGGAGCAGUACUACUGGAUUCUGGCCGCUUACCAGAAAGUAUGGGCCGGUCUGCCGCACGUCCACAUUUGGGAUUAUAGCAGGCUUAACUUCGUCAACACGGUGCUGAGUAAGCGAAAGCUAACUUGGUUUGUGGAGACGGGUCGCGUUGACGGAUGGAACGACCCUCGCAUGCCCACGGUGCAAGGCAUUUUGCGGCGCGGAAUGCGCAUCGAGGCGCUCAAGGAGUUCAUCCUGAGCCAGGGCGCUUCGAAGAACAUUACGUUUCAGGAGUGGGACAAGAUCUGGACCAUUAACAAGAAGCAAAUUGACCCUGUGUGCCCCCGACAUACGGCUAUCGAGGAGGACGGCAAGGUGCUGCUCACACUUGAGGAUGGCCCAGCAGAGCCUGAAGUGGUGGUGGUGCCGCGGCACAAGAAGUACCCGCCUGCUGGUAAGAAGGCUCUGACCCGGUCCAAUAAGGUGUGGCUGGAGCAGGUGGACGCGGUGACUCUGGCGGAGGGCGAAGAGGUGACCCUGAUGGACUGGGGAAACGCUAUCAUCAUGAGCAUUACCAAGGACCCAGCCACUGGGGCGGUGAUGGCGUUGAGCGGGAAACUGAACCUGUGUGGCGACGUGAAGAAAACACGCCUAAAGCUGACCUGGCUGGCGGCGGUGCCGCAGUGCGAAGUGGUGACGCUGCAGCUUUUGGACUUCGACUACCUGAUUACUAAAAAGAAGGUGGAGGAGGACGACAACUUCAUGGAUCUGGUCAACCCGACCACCCGUUUCGAGAAGAUGGCGCUGGGUGACCCGAAUAUGCGAACACUGCAAAAGGGCGAAGUGCUGCAGCUUGAGCGGAAGGGAUAUUAUAUUGUGGAUGAGCCGUAUGGCGUGAAGGGUUCUGGUCGGCCAAUUGUUCUAUUUUGCAUACCGGAUGGGCGUACUAAGAACAUGGCGAAGAAUGGCUAAGGGCGACGCUGCUACGUAAAUAUGAUCGGGAUGUAGUGAGUAGGAAAAGGAACGGCGAAAUAUUCGUUGCAAUAUUCAUGAUAUAAGGUGAAUGAACGGAAGGGGAAUGAUCAGUUAUUACAACGUCUGCCUGUUGUAACACAGAAUUGAUGUAUUCCGGUCCGAUGUGGAAAUGAUCGUACCUAUACCCUAUAUCAAUCCACUAAGGGACCAUCACAUCUCUUUAUCACAUGAAAUGUAGACGUGUAUUUAGAAGAUGAGUAAUCAAUGUUACAGACUACAGGAAUAGUUAAGCGUAAUACCGGUGAAAAAGCGCACACGCACAUACCCUCGGAGGCCCUGUCAGAUCUGUAGCAGCUUCCCUGAAAGCAACAGCCCAUACCCCUCUACCCUUUGGAUAUUCGCUUGCAAUGAUAUAACCGGUCUAUGGGCCUCAAUCUUCCUUUGCAUUUGCUCCCUCGUCCUCCGCCUCGUCCUCUUCCUCACCAGCUGUGUUUCCCUCAUCACUGCUGCUUUCCUUGGCCUUCCCGGAAGGCCGUGAGACUUUUAGGCCCGAGCUUGAAAAUUUCCCAAGGUUCCGAACGAGGAAGAAGAUCAUGACCCCAAGCAGAAUAACAAUCAGGAUAAAAUCCUGGUUGGUGCCGGACGAGGCUGUGUUGCCGGUUGGGAAAGGCGUUGGCGCCAUGUUCAAUCGUUGUUAUAGAAAAAACUUGAUGCAACGCCUAGGUGUGAACGCACGACGGUGACCAACCAAGCUUCCGGAGGCUGCCGUAAGAAACGUCGGGCCGAAAGCUUUGCGCCCUUGGA